AUGUGGAACAGGGCGGAUUUUAAUCUGCAGCUUCGGAUUCUAUUUGUGAUUUUUGUUGGGUCACAGAAAGAAAUGUCAUCGACGAAGCAGGAAGAUAACAAUCGAAAAUUGCUUGAAGAAUUAAAUCGGACAAGACAGUUGAUGAUGAAAAAUACUGGGGCAAGUGGGCGCCAAUUGGCUUUGGAAAGCAAUAUUUCGAGAUGUGAUCCACGAACAGUUCAGCUGGUAAAUAAUUUAGAUUCACAGACACCGAUUACUUUUAUACCAACGAAUUCGCAACAUAACAAUACUAUUUUACCUGUUUUUCCUCGUUUUCCACCUACUACAUCUUAA